AUGUCGCGAGGCAGCUUUGUCUUCACACCCAUGGCCCUGCGCUCCCUUGAACUCGAUGAGGCCAUGCUGGAGAGAUACAAGUACAAGAAGCAGGUGGCCUCCCAUCACCUCAACAGCUAUAUGCUGAAAAAGGAGGUCAGGGACAGGGCACAGCUGAGGUCCGGCACUGCCCUGCCAGCAGCUGUCUGCCAAGAUGUGGUCGUCCAGAACGCUCUGUAUACAGGAGACCUGGAGGCUAUGCAGCACCUCUUUCCUAGAGGAUCCACAGCAAACCUCAUCAUUGAGCCACAAGGAGGGGACAUGCGCUGGGUCGCCGAAGGGGAAGGACUAUGGUCGCUGAGUUAUGAGCAGGAGCUGACCACACCGCUACACAUCACCGCCGGCCGAGGCUUCUCGGACUGCCUGAGACUCCUGCUGCAGCGUGGGGCCAAUGUAGACCUGGCACCUGGGGGCACCACUGCCCUGCAUGAGUCCUGUGAAAACUGCCAGCCAGAGUGUACCAAACUGCUGCUGGUCCACGGUGCCAACGCCAAUGCUGUCUCUGAAGACGGCCUCAUGCCUUUGCACGUUUGUACAAGCCCAGAAUCCCUUGAAUGUGCCAAGUAUCUCCUUCAGUAUGGUGCCGCAAUCAAUGGUCGCUCUGUAGAUGAAGAUGACACUCCCUUACACGUGGCAGCCAGGAACGGCCUCCCAGACCACACUGAGCUCUACCUGCGCUACGGAGCUGCUGUGGACAAACCGAAUUUUGAGGGCCUCACGCCCCUGAACAGUGCCUGUUCACAACGCCAGGAGGUGGAGGAACUUCAGCAUUACUUCAAGGUGUGCAAGGUGCUGCUGGGGGCAGGGGCCGACGUCCACACUACGGACCAGGACAAACGUAGUCCUUUGCACUUGGCCUGUAAGAAUGCAAAUCCGGACAUUGUGGAUCUGCUGCUGGCAAACGGCGCUGACGUUAAUGAGAUGGACUACGGUGGCGAGGCUCCCAUGCACAAUAUCCUGAAGGUGGUGUGCUACAAGAUUCCCCAUGAGCCUGAGAGGAUCGUCCGUGCCCUGCUCAACCAUGGCUCUAUUCGGGUGUGGCCUGGAGCUCUGCCCAUGGUUUUGAAUCACUGCUCCGAGUCUCCACGCACCGUUGAGGUUCUUCUGAACGCCUACAGUCACCUCAAAGUCACAGACACCUGGGUUGAGUCUGUGCCACCUGAGGUCUUUAAGGAGCACAAAGAGUUCUACCAGUCCAUCUUCUCUCUGGAACUGACUCCUCGCUCCCUGCAGCACUUGGCACGCUGCAGAUUGAGGAGCUUCCUGUCUAAGCGGGUGCACGAAGUGGUCCCUAAACUUGGUCUGCCCACUUUCCUCAAGAACUACCUGCUCCUGGAGUACAGAGGCUAUGUCCACUGAAAGCCGCCUGUAGUAAGUGCUGGUCAAGACUGAGUGCUGAUAGAAAAGCAGCAGCUGUUCACAGUAUGACUGCAGUCUGGACCAGAAUUAAACUAGUAACAUCAGCUGUAGCACUAUAAGCCAGUACGCUUCAUAUGUUAAGUCCAUUUUAUAAGCUUCUCAGAAGCAGCUGCUUGUCUCUGACACUUCUAUUCCGGAUCAAUCUGUCAGCACAGUUCAUGUUUGAUGUUGCACCACAAGAGGGAGCUAUAGACUUGAGUUGUUAAAGUAUAAUGGCAGAUACGAAAUUGUAUAUUUUAUAUUUUAUUAAUUUUAUGAUGACAUCUUUUUUUUAAGUGUGCACUUGAUAGUAAAACUUCUCAGAUGCUUGUAUUUUUCUAUAUAAUAAUUAUCAUGGCAGUUUGAUGUAAAUGGCAGUAAUGAUGAUGUGUUGUAUAUUGCCAUAAAAUAUUUGCAUAUGUAAUUAUUCCCACCGAUAUGAUAGUGAUUCGGCGUUUUUUAUCACAAAAAUACAUAAACAUAAAACAUAAAAUUAUAUAUGCCACCAUGGCCAUGCUAUCUAGUCAGUAUUCCUUUCUGAUUUCUUGAUGUUUUAUAUUUUCGCUUUCUUCUCUCAUGCUUUUGC